CUAGUGAGAUGAUUGCUCCUGCUGGCGCCUGCGAAAAUUCUCCUCCUCCCCGAGCUCUUUCAUCUGCAUUAGCAUGGUGAUCAACUGGAGCGUCUUGUCGUUCUCCUCGUUCAACCUCUUGUUCAAGAACUCCUUGGUCACGGCGUCUGCAGCGCACACGUACACACAGACAGACAAAGACACCCAUGUGGCGCGUUAUGUCCGUGGCCAGGUCGCUUUCUCUCUCUCUCUCGCUCUCUCUGUCGUCAUAUGUGCGCAUUUCUCUCUUUCUCUUGUCGUCAUCUGUGUGUGUGUGUGUGUCGCUCUCCCUCCCUCCCUCCUCCCUGCCUCUCUGUGUGUGAGGUGCGAGCGUACCAGGGCGCUGUGUGCUGCCGAUUGCUUGGUCCAGGGUAUUGAGUCGGUUAUCGAGGUCGCUGCGUGCCUUCAUGGUCGCCAGAAUGAGCUGGUCGGUGUUGAGGAUGCGCUGCUCGAGGAAUUUGCGUCUGUCGGGAUCCUUCUCCUGCUCGAGCUGCUGCUGCAGUUCUGCCCUCGCUUGCUCGACUUCUGCCUUUUCCUGCUCGAUUUUUGCUUUCUCCUGCUCCAGCGCCGCCUUCUGUUCCCGAAGCUCCUUGAUGAGACUGUCCAGGUCGGCGGCGGAGACGGCGUCGGCGUCCUUGAUUACCUGCACCCCGCACACACACACACAUUCACGUGCCUGCGUCAGUUAUCGGCCGCCUCGCCUGCCUCCCUCUCCCACCGACCCACCAUGAGUGCAGUGGAGCCACGGAGCCGCCGGCGUCGAGGGGGAGUGGACGAAGAUGACGGCACCAUGACGGUGGGCAGAGGCCAGGCGGCCAUCCACUCAGUCGGCUCGGCUCGCCCCACGUCCAGCUGCUGCUGGCCAGCAGAGUGGACACCCACAUGCUGCAGGUGGCGAACGGCAUGGCCGAGAGGAGGCACGAAUGCGACGACGGCAGUGGCCCACACUCCCACCAGCAGCGGCAGCAGCAUGGUCUGCGUGCCUACAAUUGCGUCAGUCACAUGCACACACACAGACAGACAGACAGAUGGGGACUGAUUGAUUGAUUGGUCGGGUGGCCGGAUGCCGCGCGCCUCUCUCGGCCCUGACGUACCUGUACCUGCGUGAGACACCAGUCUGAUUGUUUGAGUCUAUCGAGGCGGCGAGCGAACACGUGAGGCAAAAUUGACCGAUCUGACGCACACACACCGAUCCCAGCGAGGCUCACAGCUCGGUGUGGUCUGCCUCGGUACCUGACGCUGAUGGACGGGCGGCAGCGGAGGUCCUCACUGGAGAUGCUGCACAGAAAUUGAAGCAAAGCGACAGCUGAGGAAUCCACAAGCAUGCUGCCUUCAGAUCUUCGAGUUCCUCACCUUCCUGGAUGCUCAU